AUGGUCGUCGAGACCAAGGAAGUUUACGAAGCGAUCACGAAGCCAUUCAUCGACAGCAUUCCUGCAGAGAAGAUCGACGAGAGCGAGCGGAUCAUUUACGAGGAUGCAAACCCUCGUGAUGGAUUUAUUCUGCUGCCUGACUUCAAGUGGUCGAACCCUGCUAAUUUGGAAUCGCUCUACUGUCUUGCGAUCGUUCACGACCGCUCGCUUCGAUCGAUCCGUGAUCUCACCGCCUCACACGUGAAGCUGCUGCAGAAUAUCAGGUUUCUCGGUGCGCAUGUAUUUCCACUAUCAGCCGACUUACUACCACCUCCACGUGCACUUCUCGCAUGGACAUUUUCGGGCAAGGCUGUGCUGCUGGAGGACGUGAUCUAUAACCUGUCGGUGAACAGUGAUCACUACAAGAACGCCACGCUGUCGUUCGUCGUCGGUGAGAUGCAGCACAAGACGCUGUUCGAGCUUUUCAGCGAGAAGCGCAUCAUUUGA